AGUGGUGCUUGUCCUCUUGUUCUAGAAAACACACAUUUGAUUGACUCCAUCUUUCCAUCAGAUUCAUCAACAACAUGGAACCCAGAAAUGAUACACAUGUUUCAAAUUUCCUUCUCAUGAGAGUGACAGAGGAUCUAGAACUGCAGUUUCCCCUAUUCAUCCUGUUCCUGUCCAUGUACCUGGUCACCAUCCUGGGAAACCUGCUCAUCAUCCUGGCUGUCAGCUCUGACUCCCACCUCCACACCCCCAUGUACUUCUUCCUUUCUAAUCUGUCUAUUAAUGACAUCUGUUUAAGCACAACCACGAUCCCAAAGAUGCUGGUGAACAUCCAAGCACAGAAUCAGAGCAUCACUUAUGCAGCCUGCCUCACACAGAUCUGCUUUAUCCUGGUUUUUGCAAGUUUAGAAAGUAGUCUUCUUGCAGUAAUGGCCUAUGACCGCUAUGUGGCCAUUUGUCAUCCGCUGAGGUACACAGUCAUUAUGAACUCCCGCCUCUGUGGCCUGCUGGUUUUACUCCCCCUGUUCAUUAUCAUCGUGGAUGCCCUGAUGCACAGUCUGAUGGUGUUACAACUGACCUUCUGCACAGACCUUGAAAUCCCUCUCUUCUUCUGUGAAGUUGUUCAGGUCAUCCAGCUUGCAUGUUCUGAUACCCUCAUCAAUAACAUCCUGAUAUAUUUUGCAACUAGCAUAUUUGGUGGUAUUCCUCUGUGUGGAAUCAUUUUCUCUUACACUCAGAUAGUGUCCUCUGUUUUGAGAAUGCCAUCAGCUGGUGGAAAGUAUAAAGCUUUUUCGACUUGUGGGUCUCACCUGUCAGUUGUAUCUUUGUUCUAUGGGACAGCGUUUGGGGUGUACAUUAGUUCUGCUCUUACUAACUCUUCCAGAAACACUGCAGUGGUUUCAAUGAUGUACACUGUUGUCCCUCAACUGAUGAACCCCUUCAUCUACAGCUUGAGGAACAGGGACAUGAAGGGAGCCCUGAGGAAACUCAUAAAUAGAACACCUUCUCUUCUGUGA